AAGGACACCCUGGGCUAUUAGUCUGUGAAAACAAAUCAGUACAAUCCUAUUGGAAAAUUUUUACACACGAGCUAAUUUUCCAAAGAUCUCCUAGAAAACCUGUUUCAGAAAGUUCUUCUGGGAAAAAUUUGAUUAUGAUAACAUGUCCUCAAAUCUCCUCCUUCGAAUGAUGAAAUGGGAGCUCUUUAGCUUUUUCCUAUGAAAAGUUAUUCAAAAAACAGUCGUAUACCAUUCUUUUUUUGGAUCGACAAUAGUUUCAUGAGUUGUACAAAACCAGAAAUAAUCUGAAAAGAUGAAUCGUUAAGCGACAGAUGAACACUUUGUAGAAGAAAGAGUCUCUCUAUAGCAUUAGAAUCUUUUGUUUCACAGGGACUCAGAUGCAUGUCAAUCACUAUUGGAUUCAUAACCGCUUUAUUUGUUUUAGGGCAAGAAUUAGGAGGCGAAUUUCCAAUUAAAGAUGUGAAUACAGGUGAAGGCGGUCUUCUACAAGUUUGUCUUGAAGGAAUAUGUCUCAUAUUUGAAAAUGAUAAAGAGUUCAUUGAAUUGCAAAAAAUUCGAAAAUGCACAACACAAAAAGGCGAUAUAUUUGUUCUAGAAGAAUUUGGUAAUGAUAAAGCGGUAUGGCUGAUAGAAUUUGUUAUGCUGUAUUAUGUGUCUUCUCCUAUUUGGCUGCUGGCAACGAUCAAUAAUGAUUAA